AUGACACCAGCAGCCUUCGACCGUCUGUUCGCUCUGGUAUCUCCUCAUCUUCAAAAGUUUUCCAAAAGGGAAUGUAUUGGUCCAGGGGAAAGACUGGCUAUUACUUUGAGCAACAACUCAGCUGGAUAUCUUGCUUCUGGGGAUUCACACGUCUCUUUGAUGUACUUGUUUCGGGUGUCGACCCAGUGCAUUGGGAAAAUUGUGUUCGAAACAACAACUAUCAUCUGGCGAGAGCUGAAGAAGACAGUUUUCCCAGCUUUGACCACUGAUCUCUGGCUCAAAGUUGCCUCCGAAUUCGAGACAAUGUGGAACAUUCCACAUUGCAUGGGUGCCAUUGACGGAAAACAUGUUGCAGUACAGGCUUUCCCUCAUUGUGGUUCCCGUUUUUACUGCUACAAGGGCUUCCACAGUUUGAUAUUGAUGGCAGUAGCAGAUGCUAAACUACGGUUCGUCGACAUUGACUUCGGAGGAAGCGGACGUCGACGUCGAGGCGACGCCAACGUCUUCAACCAUGGCGCUUUAGGAAAGAAGCUGAAAGCGAACAAGAUAUCUGCCCCACCUCCAGGUCCUGCAAAUGGUGUGACAGGAGACCUGCCGUAUGUGUUUAUAGGCGAUGCCGCCUUCCAAGGAAUAGAAGGCAUCUUAACACCAUUUCCUGGAAGAUUCCUGCCAAAAGAAGAAAAUUUAUUCAACUAUCGGCUGAGCAGGGCUCGCCGAGUAGUUGAAAACGCUUUUGGUGUGUUGUGUGCUAGGUAUAGGAUCUUACGUACCUCGAUCAUAGCAUCACAAACCCUGGCCAAGUCUAUUGUAACAUGUUGCCUUUCACUUCACAAUUUUCAUCUCAUGGACGAGGACUCAAUUCCACCAAGAAGCUGGAAGUACAAGCCAUGCGGGUAUGAUGACUAUGUGAGAGAUGACGGUACGUAUGUGUUUGGUCGCUGGCGCCAAGAAUGCCGCAAAAUGGAAUUCACCAUAUUCCGAAAUCUGAAAAGGCAGGCUUCAAGAAAAUGUACCAGCUCCCACUUUUCUUCCAACGAGGUAAUGGAGAAGUUCCUAGAGUACUUUGUACGAAACCCUGUUCCAUGGCAAUGGCGCAAAAUGUAA